GGUCGAUUGAAAGUUAUUCAUUUUUUAUUUUUAUUCAUAUGAAUAGGAUUGAGCAGGCAGUAGAAAUAAUAGGAAUUAAAAAUGUACGGCACUGUAUGGCGUGUACAUAAUCAAAUGGUCUGAUUGAUUUGACAUUUCCCCCUUAUGAUUAUUUGAUUCGAAUGGUUUGUUGCACUUGUUUGCCAACCGCUACAACGAUCACUAACUAUUAACAGCCGAAAGAAUCACAUCACGUUUUCAAGUUCAUUUAUUUCGCUUUGUAUUAAUCUGUCCAUUCACGUUUGAUUUCUAAUUUCAGUUACCCCCCCACCCCUUUUUUUCCCUUAAACACAACUUUUUCUCUCUCGGUCCAACCCCUUUCAAACCUUUUUGUGUGUGUUUUUUUUUGUUUUGUCGUUGUUAAUGACUCCUUCCUUAUGUCAUUCUAUCCACGCACAUAUUGCCUUCUUCCAUCCCGCUUGCGUGUCUCCAAUCAACCAGGCUGGUCACCGGUUGGUCCUGGUGCUCGGCGACCUGCACAUUCCGCAUCGGUGCAACACCCUGCCAGCCAAGUUCAAGAAGCUUCUGGUGCCUGGAAAGAUCCAACACAUCCUCUGCACGGGGAACCUGUGCACCAAGGAGAGCUAUGACUACCUGAAGACACUCGCCGGGGACGUCCACAUCGUGCGUGGGGACUUUGACGAGAACCUGAACUACCCGGAGCAGAAGGUGGUGACGGUGGGCCAGUUCAAGAUCGGCCUGAUCCACGGCCACCAGGUGAUCCCGUGGGGGGACAUGGCCAGCCUGGCGCUGCUGCAGAGGCAGCUGGAUGUGGACAUCCUCAUCUCGGGACACACGCACAAGUUUGAGGCCUUUGAGAACGAGAACAAGUUCUACAUCAAUCCCGGAUCCGCCACCGGAGCCUACAGCGCGCUAGAAAGCAAUAUAAUCCCGUCAUUCGUGCUUAUGGACAUCCAGGCGUCCACGGUGGUGACGUAUGUCUACCAGCUGAUCGGAGAUGACGUCAAGGUGGAAAGAAUCGAGUACAAAAAGUCUUAAGAAGCAGGACCAGGUGGUGUUCCAUUCCUUUCCGCUAGGGGGCAGUGUCAGCCCUCUAAUAUAUUGUUCAUACCCCCCAGCUUGUGUUCGGAGUUUAGUCAUUGUACUGAAUACAAACAUUUCUUUCGCGUGCUAAUUUGGCAUCCUUCUCCAUUUCUUAUUUUUCCACGUCGGACAAAAUAAAUAACUUCACUCUA